AUGUCUGCCUCCGACUCGAGCGCUACAGGACUCAUCUGUAACAAGGGUUCAGCCGAUUCCUACACUAGUCGACCCUCUGAUUCCGACCUGUCCCUGGAGGAGGACCAGGAGGCGUCUCGGCGUGAAGCCGAGCGCCAGGCUCAGCUGCAGCUGGAGAGAGCCAAGUCUAAACCAGUAGCAUUUGCAGUAAAAACCAAUGUGAGUUACUGCGGCGCCCUUGAUGAAGAUUGCCCAGUUCAAGGUGCCGCUAUUAACUUUGAAACCAAAGACUUUCUGCACAUAAAAGAGAAAUACAACAAUGACUGGUGGAUCGGUCGGCUGGUGAAGGAAGGCGCAGACAUCACUUUCAUCCCGAGCCCGGUAAAACUGGAGGCCAUGAGGAUAAAACAAGAGCAGAAAGCAGCAGCAAGGAAAGGAGGGAACGCUUCAUCCGGAGGCUGGAGGUCCACCCCUCCAUCUGCAGCCAAACAGAAGCAGAAACAGACUGAACAUGUGCCUCCAUAUGAUGUGGUUCCGUCUAUGCGACCGGUGGUGCUGGUGGGUCCUUCGCUGAAAGGCUAUGAGGUGACAGACAUGAUGCAGAAAGCCUUGUUUGACUUCCUAAAGCACAGAUUUGACGGCAGGAUCUCUAUUACACGGGUGACUGCUGAUCUGUCACUGGCAAAGCGCUCGGUGCUGAACAAGAAGGCCAUAAUGGAGAGAUCCAACACUCGCUCCAGUCUGGCCGAGGUCCAGAGUGAGAUCGAGAGGAUCUUCGAGCUGGCCAAGUCUCUUCAGCUGGUCGUCCUGGAUGCAGACACCAUCAACCACCCAGCACAGCUCCUCAAAACCUCCCUGGCUCCCAUCAUCGUCUACGUCAAAGUCUCCUCGCCUAAAGUUCUUCAGAGGCUCAUUAAAUCUCGAGGGAAGUCGCAAAGCAAACACCUCAACGUCCAGAUGAUGGCAGGAGACAAGCUGGCUCAGUGUCCUCCUGAGAUGUUUGACGUCAUCCUGGAUGAGAAUCAGCUGGAAGAUGCGUGCGACCACCUCGCCGAGUACCUGGAGAUUUACUGGCGUGCCACUCAUCUCCCCUGUUCUGCCCCAGUUAACCCCUUACUGGACCAAAGUGUGAUCACCCCACCUUCAGCUAACUCCAGCCAACAGUUUUCUGAGACUCAAGAGUUGAUAGAAUGAGCACUACAGCAGACACAGGAGCAGCCUGUGCUGUCGGCUGGCGUCAGACCAGGAAGUCAUAGAGCACAGGGACCAGGGCGCCACCAGGGGGCAGCAGCAGCCCUCAUCUCUCCAAAGCCAGCCACCACCUUCUCCACCUGGGGCAACAAAAAAAAGAAAAACAAAAGAGAGAGAGAGCAGAGUACCUCCAGAGAAAAAAAAAAAAAAUGCAGGAGGUUGGUGAGCUGGAAGAAGAGCAGAAACCAAAACAGGGAAGAAGUAGCCGGAAGAGGGAGAUCUGACCGGCGCUGCAAAAGACAGAGGAGCCUCCGCCUCACUGCUGCCCCCUCGGCGAGAGCUCCCUGCUCCCACCGUCACGCGACAACUCAGGGCCGCUUUGUACAGCUGCACACACACUGGUAACACAAACCAGAACAGCAGUGCAGUCACUGUUCACCACCUGCCACCCUGCCCCUCACUCCUCCUCCUCCCACCCUGACCCUUAAAACGGUUCCCUGCUUUCACACCGGAAGUCCCCCCCAGCUGAGCCCGUCCAUGAGUGUCCGAAGUUAGCCGUCCGACGCACACAUGGGCCGGUUCAGCUCUCACCGUAGAGAAAUUACACACCUGUGAAGUCAGAGUAUGUCAGCGUACAGUGCUGUAGCAAAUCAGAGCUGUCGGUAAAACAUAAAACACAAACAGGAACAUCUUCCCGAUGCAGGGUUCCCAGGGUUUAUGUCGGAUACACCUCACCUCCCUCUCCGGCCAAAGAGUACAGAGAGUGACAGAAAAUCAAUUCUGUAUGUCUUCCAUCUCCACGGCUCUCCGCGAGCUGUCAUUCCAAAUGUUUAACCAAAUGUUUUCUCAAAGGCACAACUGCUGCGAUCGCAGUCGUCACGGUGUCGCCAAGGAAAAUGAAAACGUUCCUCUUGCUUUCAUUUCCAGUUUAUCCAGUAGCCUUUUUCAGCAUACCUUUUUACAGUAACUAUCUAUACUACUCGCUACGAUUCAUAUCGCAACAGUAAUGCAAAACCCAUGUAUAACGAGCGCACACGCAGUCUAUAUGCAUCUUCGUCACAGCUGUGAAUGUACAAAUGCCUGUCCAUCGGCUUAGCAAGGAUUAUUUACAAUAACUGUGGUUUGUUUGCAGAUGCUUGGAGGCAAAUCCUAUAACUUAUUCAAUA